AUGCAUCUUCAGAUCAAACUUCACGCCAUCUUUCCACCCCACCUCACAAUGUUCAAACGAACCACGAUAUCGCUAGUCCGACAAGUGACACAGAGACGAGACUUGCACCACGCCGUCACGGCAAUUGCCCCUGCUGUCUCGGCGGACUCGGUCUUCUCCCAGAUUCUCGAGACCCGAAAGAAUGUACCCGAGGCCAAGUCGCUGUUUCUUACCGCAACCGCCCAGUAUGCCACAAACCUCGUGUCCACCACCGAGAAGAUCCAGAGUGAGCAUCCCGACAUUCAGAUUGUCGCCGCAGCCGUCGAUACGGUGGGCCCCUCCUGCUCCAGAGACGGUCUGUCUGCCGUAUGGUUCGAUCGAAAAAUGACCUUCAAGGAUACAGUGUCCAUGGAGGGCCAUGAAGAUCCCGGAUCGCCGCUGUCCGAUUCCCGAGGCCUCAGCGUGGGCCGAACAAACUGGACGACCCAGACCUCGCUGCUGUCCGUCUCGUUUGGCGCUACUAACGUCGUCAUGCCUCUGGCAAACACCCUCUUUACAUCAGGCAGCCAGUCGACCCUCUUCUUCUCCGACAGACACUCGAACGACGUCAACAAUGGCCACAACCUCGCUGCCAUUGCCGUCAAUCUGCCUUUUGAGAGUGCUGCGGAGCUCAAGAAGACAGACAACUGGACCCCUGCUCUCGAGCUGUUCGACUACAAGAACGAGACGCAAACCAUCACACAAUGCCGGGAGAACCUCAUCAAGGAGAUCAACGGUCUUCCCGCAUCAUCUUUCCUGCAGAACUGUCCCACUCUAGUUGCCAAUCCCUCCAAGGACACUCUGGUCUUUGCUACGCUGGGAGACGAUACCUUCAAGGUGAUUGCUGGAGGAGGAGGAUGGGGAAACCGGGCAUCUAUGCUGGUUCUCGACCCCGGAGCUAAGCUGAAGAAGGGAAAGGAGGUAAAAUUCAAGGCUGUCUUCCACCCUUCCAUGUUCCCUCUUAAUGAUAAACCCGACUGGUUGAACGAAGAGCUGCCGAUGGUGACGAUCCAGGAGUGCAAGACCAGUGUCUGUUUCCAGUGCUCGCCCAUUGUGGAAGAGCUGGUCGAGGAGAAGCCCAAGGUCAUGGAAAACAUGCUGGCCUAUGGUUCUGAGUCAGGCUUCUUGAUCGAUGAGCUGAAGCACGAGAUUCCCAAUGAGCUGGUUGUGUUUUCCUAA